AUGAGACUGCUGACGCUGACGCUUGGGCUCAUCGCCCUCUUCGUUACCAAUGUCGCUGCCACGGCACUGACCUACAACCUCCAGGCGCACGAGAAGGCCUGCUUCUACGCCGAGACCAAGAAGGACAACGAGAAGGUGGCAUUCUACUUUGCCGUGCAAAGCGGUGGAUCGUUCGAUGUUGACUACACUGUCGAGGGUCCCGGCAACAAGGUCAUCCUGGAAGGUGAAAAGGAGCGUCAGGGUGACUUUGUCUUCACAGCUCAAAAGCUCGGAAUCUACUCGUUCUGCUUCAACAACGGGAUGAGCACCUUUUCUGACAAGUUUGUCGACUUUGAGAUUUCGGUCGAGAACGAGUCGCGUGCCCAGCUUCCCUCCAAGCAAGGCACCUCACCCGAGCAGACGUCAGUCCUCGAGGAAUCCAUCUUCAAGAUUUCAGGCCAAGUCUCUACCAUCUCGCGAAACCAGAAGCACUUUCGCACGCGCGAGAACCGCAACUACAGCACCGUCCAAAGUACCGAGAAGCGCAUUAUCAACUUUAGCAUUAUCCAGAUCCUCUUAAUUGUCUGCAUGGGGGCUCUCCAGGUGUUUGUCGUCAGGUUCUUCUUCCAGGGUGCGCGCAAGGGUUACGUUUAA